AUGUCAGCAAUCAAAUCAUUUAAACCAUUGUUUGAUCGUGUUUUGGUUCAAAGACUCAACAAGUCAGAGUUGAAGACAUUGGGAGGUAUCUACUUGCCAGAGAAGGUAUCAAACAAAGUAAACGAAGGUGUAGUCAUCGAAGUCGGAACUGGAAGAAGAACUGCUAGCGGUGGAUUUGUACAACCAUUUUUGAAGAAGGGUGAUCGUAUCUUACUCAACGAUGUCUUUGGUGAGAAGAUCAACGUAGACGGUAUCGAUUGUGAAGUCAUCAACGAAAAUGAAAUCUUGGGUUUCGUCGAAAAUGAUCCAAAUUACUCUGGUGGUGGUGGUGGUGGUAGUGGAGGUGGAGGUGUUGGUAAUGGCGGUGUUGGCGGUGUUAAUGGUUCAAACAAUGGAUAA